AUUGUUAACAAAUGCUAAAGGCAUCUAAAUUUACUGUCAGAGAAGGUAGAUCAAAAUAAAAAAUUUUGUAAAAUGAAAGUAGCAAUAAAAAAAAACAACAUCACAGAACUCCGCGAAAACUACAUCCCGAUAUCGACAUCCAACCAGUGGUAAUCAAAGGAAGACGUAAGUCGAAACUGGAGGCGCCCAAAUCAAAAUCAGCGGCUGCGCUCGUCAAACGCAAGAACCGCAAUGCCCGUCGAAAGAGCCACUAUCAACAUCAUCACAAUAGCAACAACAACAGCAACAACAGCAGCAAUAACAGCAGCUGCAAUAGCAACAACAACAGCAGCAGCAACCACAACAACGAUGAUAAUGAUGAUUAUGACAACAGUGGUGGGUAUUAUGACGAUGAUCUGGUCAAGGAGCCGUGCCAAUUUGUGCCCGUGCGCCGGAAGCCGCUUGGUGAGUAUAUGAAUUUGGAGGGGCCACAAAUAACAGCAACGGCAGCGGCGGCGGCGGCGGCAGCAGCAGCGGCGGUAACAGCAGCAGUGGGAGCAACAACAAUAACAACAACAAUUACAGCAACGUCAUCGUCAUCAUUGCCAUCGGCGGCUUUGCAGGGCAUGCGAAUGAGCUAUGCAGCAGCCGUACAAACUGGAUUGGGAGUAAAAGUUAUGAUAUCGCCGCGUCUUAAAAAAUGUAAUAAUAAGCCUGGCAACAAGGGUCAAAAGGCCAAUAAUAAUCAUCAUAAUAACAAUAAUAAUCAUAAUAAUAGUAAGAUAACCGCUGACACAAAGUUUCGGAUAUUUGAUGAGCAACCAAAUAAGCCGCAUAUUGUCCGAGUCGACCCAAAGGUGUUUCGUACUGAUGUUGAGGCUAUGAAAGCAACUGCACGAUUGAAGACAUCCAAAACGAAGAAGCCAACGACCGCCACAGGGGCAGCAUCAGCAGCAACUUCAACAAGAAUUUUCACAUUAAAAACAAGCGAGCUAACAACUAGCCCAAAAGCUGAACCCGAAGAUGCUGAUAUUAAAGCACUGGAAUUGAAAUUCAAAAGACUGGCAUGCAAUGCAGCUGGCACCGCUGCAGUUGCGGCAAACAUGAUGCAAACGGCGAGAAAUUUGAAUUCAAUUCAAGGCAAUUCAUUAACAGCAUCAAAUGGGAGCCAAGGUCAAAACCAGAGCCAAGGCACAGCAAUCAAGCAGCAUCAUCAACAACAGCAACAUCAGCACAACGAUAACAAUGUGAAAUCGCCGGCAUUUGUGGAUUCGAUCAGUUAUUUAAGCUUUCAUCAGGAACGCUUACAGCGGAUAGUAAAUAAUCAAAGCAUUUGCGUCAUUUGCUUACAAUCACCAGAAACAAUGAAGGUACCACAGUUUGAGGACAGGCAUUUUAAAUAUCUCGAGGAAGCUGCACUUUUGGCACAAAAUCGCACCAUGCUACGCUUAUGGCUGAACGCUGAUCAACUGAUAUGCUAGUAAACAUUUUUCAGACA